AUUGAGAAAAAAGCUGACGCGAAGUAGGAGUGGCUUAUGUAUUACAAUUUUCGUCUUUGUGCCCGCGGUGGUUGGUGUUGGUGGGCACGACCGCAUGGAUUGCAGCAGGAGUUGUUUUUAUUAGCUGGCAUGAGGAGAAGCAUCAGUGUUUCAGUAAGAUGCUGCUGGUAACUCUCCUGAUCGCUGUAGUUUUGCGAGGAAGUCAGGGCCAUGAGAGCCAUGAACAAAUUACAGAACGACUCCUGAACAGAUGCGUGGACAGCGUCAACCACAAACCUGCGCCUGGCGUUGAAGAGUUUUUAAAAAACCAGUGCGAGCCAUGGAGAAAUCGGUCCUGCUGCUCGCACCUAGUGCAGGACAAACUGCACGAAUUGCAGCUGUACAACUUUGAUUUUGAGCAUUGCUCGCAAAAACUCUCUCCAAGGUGCAAAAAGCAUUUCGUGCAAGACCUCUGCUUUUACGAGUGCUCACCCAACGUCGGGCCUUGGAUCGUCUCAGUGAAGAUGAAAAUCCGCAAGGAACGUUUCUACCAAGUUCCCCUAUGCCAGAGCGACUGUGAUUCCUGGUUCGAAGCUUGCCAAGAUGAUCUAACUUGCAUCAGGAAUUGGAUCAGGGAGUUUGACUGGAAGUCUGGCAAAAAUUACUGCCCAGCUACUUCCACAGGCUGCAAGAAAUUCAGGAACAUCUGGGAGAAGGCCAGCGACUUUUGUGAAGAGGUUUGGGACCAUUCCUGGAAGGUUGUCCCUGAUUCGGAGAACUGCAUGAGGCUGUGGUUUAAUGGCAACCUGGGCAACCCUAACGACCAUGUGGCCAAGCUCAAGGUUCUCGAAAUGAUCAACUCUGCUCAUUCAACGAAGACAUACUUUACAACGGCAGCUAUUUUGACCACGUUGUUAACUAUUUUCUGAUGAAGAAACUCGGCUGUAGCAUUGUUAGCGCUUAGAUCUGAAGAGGUUCACAGUUAUAGAACUGAAUGUUAUAAGAAUAAAGUUUAUUUUCCAAGA